AAUAUGGCGUCGUUCGCGGGAGACCGUUGGAGAGAUGCGCUGAAAAAUCACGAUAUCUUUCAGAAGUUACAAGAAAGGCUUCAUUUGGAGCCUCAAGGGACUAGCAAAAGAAUAGCCAAGAGCCUUAUAUUCUGCCUGAAUGGCGAUUUGUUCACAUGGGAUAGUGUUGAGAGUGUGUUUUACACCACAAACCUGCGACAACUGAACUCCGAGGGCGACACAGACACUUCCAAAUAUCAGACACUGCUGUGCAUCAACCCGCCGAUGUUUGAGGUAUGUCAGGUGCUGAUCAGCCCCACACAGUAUCAUGUGGCUCUUAUCGGUCAGCGUGGAGCGACUAUACUUGAGCUGCCACAGCGCUGGGGCAAGAAAUCUGAAUUUGAGGGUGGACGCAUUCAUAUCAACUGCAAGACGAUUCCUGUGGCUGAGCGCUUCUUCACCAGUUCUGCCUCUGUGACACUCCGACAGGCUGCCUGGUAUCCCAGUGAAACUGAAGAGCCCCAUCUAGUCUUACUGACCUCAGACAGCACCAUCAGAUUUUAUAAUCUGAAGGAGCCACAGUCUCCUGCAAAAGUUUUGUCAGUGUCUCAGGUAGAUGAGGAAAGCAGUGUCCACACAAGAGGGCGUUCCUAUGCAGCCUCUCUGGGUGAGACUGCUGUGGCGUUUGACUUUGGGCCACUGGCAGAUUCUCCAGGGCAGCUGAGCGGGCUGCGGAUGAAAGAAGAGCUGCUUGUGUACCCAUUAUACAUCCUGUAUGGAAAUGGAGAGACAUACCUGAGCUAUAUCUCUCUCACACACAGUGUCAGUAAUCUUGGGAAGCCGAUGGGCCCUUUGCCCAUGUACCCCGCGGCAGAGGAUAACUACGGCUAUGAUGCAUGUGCUGUGCUCUGCCUGUCAUGUGUGCCCAACAUCCUGGUUAUUGCCACUGAAACAGGAACACUGUACCACUGUGUAGUGCUGGAGGCAGAGGAAGAGGAAGACGGCGGAGCUGUAGAGAGGUGGUCCAGAGGAGCAGAGACAGUGCCUUCACUCUACGUGUUUGAGUGUGUGGAGCUGGAACUCACCCUAAAACUGGCUGCUGCCGGGGAGGACGAAGAGAUAGCAGAGUCAGACUUCACGUGUCCAAUCAGAUUGCACAGAGACCCUCUGUGUCAGCACAGGUAUCACUGCACCCAUGAGGCUGGUGUGCACAGUGUAGGACUCACCUGGUUCAAAAAACUGCACAAGUUUCUGGAGUCUGAUGAAGAGGAUAAAGACAGUCUGCAGGAACUUGCGGCAGAACAGCGCUGCAUAGUUGAACACAUCCUGUGCACCAGACCUCUUGCUAACAGUUUGCCGGCUCCUAUUCGUGGGUUUUGGAUUGUGUCAGACCUGUCACUGGGUGCCACCAUGAUCUGCAUCAUGAGUACUUACGAGUGUCUGCUGCUGCCUCUGUUAAGUUCAAUUCGUCCCCCAUCGCCUCCUUUGCUCUGCUCCGCUCCGGGGGCAGGGCCAGGCAGCUCUCCUCUGCGUGGAUUGGCUGAAGACUCCUUUGAGCAGCAUAUUCGCAACAUUCUGACACGUAGCUCGACCAACCCACUAAUGCUGAGGGCUGGGGAUAAAGACUCUUCUCCUCCUCCUCCAGAGUGUCUGCAGCUGCUCAGCAGAGCCACACAGGUGUUUAGAGAGGAGUACAUCCUCAAACUGGGCCUGGCACAUGAAGAAAUGCAGAGAAGAGUAAAGCUCCUGACUGGACAGAAAACCAAACAGCUGGAGGAUCUUGCUCUUUGCAGAGAGGAGAGGAAAAGCCUGAGGGAGGCCGCAGAGCGAUUGGCUGAUAAGUAUGAAGAUGCCAAGUAUCGUCAGGAAGCCAUCAUGAACAGAGUAAAACAGGUUUUGGGAAGUCUGCGCAGUCAACUUCCUGUGCUGUCGGACAGUGAGAAGGACAUGAGGAAGGAGCUGCAAACCAUUCACGACCAGCUCCGUCACCUAGACAACGGCAUUAAACAGGUGAACAUGAAGAAAGAUUAUCAGAAGCAGCAGAUGAGUACAGGAGCAUCUCAAGCUCACUCCAGCCUCACCCUCAACGCCCACCAGAGGAAGUGUCUCCAGGGAGUCCUGAAAGAACAGGGGGAACAUAUCGCUGGCAUGAUGAAACAGAUCAAGGAAUUUAAAAACCAUUUCAGUUUCUGAGCACCGUCAAUCAACUGCUCUCAAAAGGCCAAACCAAUUAUAUUCUAAUUAAACAGCACUCAAGGAAGCUACAGAAAAGCACAUCUCCAAAACCAUAACUCCACAGUCACUGAACCUCGGAGUUGUGUGCUUAAAAUACAGUCCUUUAAAGGACAGUGUUUGACCCAAACCUCUCCAAUUCUAAAGGUCUUUUAAAAAAGAAUUAGCUGGCAUUUUUGUUUAAACUAUUUUGUCUGUUUUUUGUAAGAUGUAGUACAUGUAAUCAUCACUGUGACAAAGUGUUUUGUACAUUAAAUGACUUUCCUGUGUGUGUGGUGUGCUGCUAUGGGAAUUUAUCAGCUCUGAGACGGAAGUGUUGGGCGUUAGUGUUACGCAUUUCCUGAACAGGUCAUGGUGUAUAUUAAGACGUUACUCUCUCUUCCUCUGCAUGUCCAUAAUUUGAAGAUACAACAGAGAUAUUCAUGUCAACCACAAGUUGUUGCCUGUUUUAACAAACUGAUGUGUUGUAAUCAACAGCAUGUCACAGAUACUGUCAAUAGAACUUAACUUGUAAUGAACCUGGAACAGUCAUUUGGAGGAAUUUAUAUUGGCUCCUGAAUGGAAAUCCAUACAAAAAGAACUUCAGUUUCAAUUUAUUUUAUUAUAUAGAUAUAUACAAGAAUAUGUACACAGUACAGUAUAUAAAUCUGUAAGGGCUUCUGCAUUUGCACCACAGCAUGCGAACAGAAACAUAACUGUUGUUAUUGUGAAAGUAUCUGAACAAUCACUCUUCACAGACUCAAUAGAAAUGACUGUCAUGAAUUAUAAAGACUGGAGAAGUUUUCUUAUAACAUAAUUUUCAUUAAAAUGGUAGUCUGUUACCAAAAUAUUAGUUAUUAGAGUUGCAUCAGUGUGUGCUAGUCUUGAAAAACGUAGUUCCUAAAAUAUUCCGACAACUUGAAAACUGCUGUUGUCUACUCUGGCUUGAAAAGCUUUUGUUGCUAUAGUGAAACACAAAGCCUUUGAAGAAGCUUAUCUGUGUUUGCGACGUGAAGACAGCACAGGACAUAUGAGUGUUAUGAAGUGCAACGUACAGGUAAUAAAAUGAACAUCACAACACAUUCACACAGAACAGCUGCUUCUUUAUCAACAGUUCACAUACAGGUCACGAGCAGCAGUUUGUCAAAUGAAAUCGAAAGGUCAUACAAUGACAGCAUUUGUGAAGUUAUUUUUGGUUCAUUUGUCUCACUUUGAGAACAAUUCUUUCUAUUAAUUAAUUCAAAUAGAACCUUUUGAUUAUGAACAAAUGUCAAGAUAAGUAAACUUGGCAAACAAUGCAGCUAUGCUUCUGGAAAUAUCCAUAUUUGGAUGACAUUGUCCCCAUGCAGGUGCUGGGCUUUGACUAACCAUUACAUCAGAGUUUAGCCAAUUUUCAGUUGUCAAGCACAUGGCCGUUUGUCUUCCAAAAGCAAAGCAAAAAAAAAAAAAUAUUUUUCAUUACUGAUUCUGCAGUCUGAUCUAAAGUACCACACAAAUUCAUUUAAAAAGACCAAAAUGCCAAAAUCACAUGCCAUUUUGAUUAGGCUUGUCUGUAAGAAAUUAAAAAAUAUGUGCUAAAACUACAAUUUUCAGAAUUCCUGUAGUUGAUCUACAUCUCUUGGCGUACAUUGUUUGAAAAAGCAGCCAGAAAAUUUCACGCGCAACAUUUUCCAUGCUUCCAUCUUUCCAAUAUGAUUUAAACUGUCCAAAUAUGCUGCUCCCAGUAUGUAAGCUUUGGUUUUCUGGAUCCCAUACCAGAGUUUUAAUUCCAUUAACGCUGGACGUGGGCCAUACAGACAGACAGUUUAAGAUACCACUAAAUGUGGUACACAAAGAUGCACAGCUUAGGAUGCCCCUUAGUCAUGAAGAGCAUCAUAAUGUCUGUAAUUCAUAAGCAUGGUGUGCUUAUACAGUUAGCAGUCUUUCUUUAUGCAGAUAGCAGACCGAUGGGGUGAAAUACCUUCUAAAACAGUGUUGGUGUAAGUGGUGUUGCCAUAUACCAAACACAAAUCAUUUACACAUCUCAAAAUCAGACCAGGUACUUAAUAGAAAAAAAGCUGUAAAUGUCAGCGGACCAAUUAACUGAAACAGAAUGGUGUUUGUGAAUAUCCUUCAUAAAUUGAAAGCAAAUAAAUAUCACAAUAACAUCGUCUGUUGCAACCAAAGUAGUAGUAGUAACUUCGGGCAACAUGUUAAGAAGCUCCUAAAUUCAUUAGGAAGCAAGAAAGGUAAAAUAAUCAAGAAACAGUGUGCAUCCUAAGGAGAUUUGAGGGUCUCAGAAGUCGAAUGGAGAGAAAAAACAGCAAUAUGAAACAGCCAGUAAUUAUUUCCCAGCAGGGCUGUCGACAGAGAGGAACAACUGGUAACAUUGUACCGAGGGAAGGGGGGCCUACCAAAAUAGUUUUGUCUUGGGCCCUGUGAAUUUAAGUGACAGCCCUGAAUCCCAGAGAAAUGACUGGCGCAUGAGAAACACAGCAUUGCCUUGUGAAAGUGUCGUGGGUGGGGCAAGAUGGGGAAUCACGGUCUUGUGUAUUAACUUAACUAAUGCAAUAUACACAUAGUAUAAUCUGUUUACAGGUAUGUACAAAACACUUCAGGUGUGUUGAUUACCUUCAUAAAUCACUGCUUUUGGCUCAGCAGAUGGAGAGAUUAUAAAAGAAGAUAGGUUGUUGAUUUGAGGAAUAUCAGUAGAGGACAGAGUGGAAAUGCAAAAGAUGGAGAAGGUGGAAGAUACGAGAACUUUGGUAGGGUCAAGGAAUGGUUGACUAUCAUAGACCCAUUUUCUCUCAUUUCCUGAACUGAAGAAGCUGACUCACUGAAAGGCUGUCAGCUUCUUCAGGAUGCACAGCGGAGAACUGCAUUUCAAGACACAAUCUGGUUAAAACCCAUCUCCACUUGAGCAGAGACAUCGGUCUUUUUUGAUCUCCUUGAAAACGUAUUUACAAGCAUUUCAGUAGCAGUAGUAGAUUUCAGUAGUGUUCUCCAAGACUUGCAGUUUGUCUCAGGUCCUCCUCACUCAACUGGUUUCUUCUUUAGAUUAAAAAAAAAAAAAAAAAAAAAAAAAAAAAAA